CUACAACUGCUGCCGCUCAACGGGUAAAGAAAACUCCAUUCCCCACAAUGCCCUGUUGUCAUGUGGGCGAAGAAGGCUAAACCGAUGAAGAGCUUCCACUUGGUAUUACUUGAUUAAAUCUUGAUUUUAUCAAUUGAAUAUCGCCUUUUUUCGCUCAGUAAAAUAUCGGAGGCGUUAGGAAACACCGGAUCGACUGAACUACUCGCACAUCUCGGACGAACCGUCGCUGUCAAGCAGGAAUCAUCAAAAAAAUAAGUGGAGACAUCCGGCGAACGAGAGACAACGAUGGUGUCCGAACUGCCAACUCACUAAGUUCUGCCAGAGAAGACGUCUGAUGAGAAAUUACUGCAACGUUACAGAUUCCGGAAUGGAAGAAAAGGCAAACGGCUCUGUUGACACCAAAAGCCCAGUGGAGAACGGUCAGGUGCCCGACCCUGCCAACUGGGGGGUCGCUGAUGUCGUCAACUACUUCAAAGCUACGGGGUUUGAGGAACAAGCCACGGCUUUCCAGGAUCAGGAGAUCGAUGGCAAGUCCCUGCUCCUGAUGACGCGUAACGACGUCCUGACGGGGCUGUCGAUAAAGCUCGGCCCAGCGUUGAAGAUCUAUGAGUAUCACGUGAAGCCACUGCAGACUCAACACCUGAAGAGCAAUGCGUCGUAGCAGCACAUGCUGUCCCCAGCAACUCACCUCAGCGACAAUCAACCCGUCAGGAGAUCCCAGGUUAGCUGCCGCGUCACAGACAACUCUUGUCACAGUGGCACCAGAACAGGAUUUGAAUGCUGUAUCUUUUUUAUAAGCAUGGGCCCCAAAAAUGUGUUGAACAUGGAGUCCACUCAGCUGUUUACCCUUUCAGCCAUUCUUAUUUCUGCUGCUUGAGGUAUGUAUUUUAUUUGUGAGUGUGUGUUUUUAUUUAAAAGAAGAAAAAUUGGGGGGUGGGGGGGGGCAGAAUUGAAUUAAUCUGUUUGUUUGUUUCAACGUAUUUGUACUUAAGAGGAUAUAGUUAAAAACUGUGUCUGUUCUGUUUCCUGAACACUUUGAUACAUGCAGACAAGUAUUCUGAUGCAUCCCAUUUUGCCCCAAAACAUUUUUUUAUGCUGUGACCUGUCCAGCUGAGUCCAUGAAUCGUCCUUUUGCAUGUCACAAUAAAGUUGUUUUUUUUUCAGGACACAACAAGCCACCUUCUUUAUCCAGGCCCGAGGCUCCUUACACAAAAAUAUUUAUGUGUGUAUAUAUAUUCUUAUUAUUAUAUUUCCUACCUUUGGUGCUCUCAGCAUUUUGUCACAACUGUAUUGAAGUGUUUAUGACUAAUGUAUAUGUGCAGCAUAACACUGGAGUUUGAAUAUCUGAAGCAAAGAUUUGCAAUAAAUGGUGCUCUUUUCUCACCAAAGAACAACAUCGGAUGAA